AUGGGCACAGAAUUUAUUCCUAUGAAUAAUUCUUUUCCUCCUCUGUUUACAUUUCUGGCAAAAUCUUUCAUAGAUUGUGCUAUUCAAUGUAAUGCACGUAGAGAUUGCCGAGUAUUCGACUUUGAUAUUGAUUCAAAGCAGUGUCGCUUAUGGGACGCUAAUCUAACAACAGGCUCUAUUGUUCCAUCGUCUUCAAAACCUUUAUCGUCUGUUGGUAGUAUUCUAUUAUCAUCCAGUAUGUAUGCUAAUAUUCACAAUCAGUCAUAUGAUAUCAACAACGAUACUAGUCCAUCAUACAAUAUCAAUAACAAUACUAGCCCAUCAUAUGAUAUCAACAACAAUACUAGUCCAUCAGAUGAUAUCAAUACUAGUUUGUCAAAUAAUAUCAAUACUAGUCCAUCGUACACUACAACUCCAUCACACACUUCUAGUCCUUCAUACACUACUAGUCCAUCAUACAAUAUCAACAACAAUACUGGUCCAUUAUAUGAUAUCAAUAACAAUACUAGUGCGUCAUAUAAUAUCAAUACUAGUCCAUCAAAUAAUAUCAAUACUAGUCCAUCAUACACUACAAUUCCAUCACACACUACUAGUCCAUCAUACACUACUAGCCCAUCAUACACUACUAGUCCAUCAUACAUUCAAUGUCCUUUAAAUACAUUCUAUAAUGGUUCUGUAUGUCUACCACAACUUCUUCAAAAUCAAACUUGUUUACAGGCAAAUGCAUGCCGAUCAGAUUUGAAUCUCACUUGUCAACCAAGUUGCGAUUUCACAUACCGAUGUUCAGUCCUUCCAGCCAUAGGUUAUGGUCAAACAGUGGCUGGUUAUUGUAAUGGUAGUAUUGGUAGCAAUGCUACUAAACUACCAGGUCCUUGGGGUCUUGCUGUUUCUUCAGUGGAUGGAACUCUGUACGUUGCCGACGAAUAUUAUCCAGCUUUUCUAGCUUUCUCACCAUUUUCGCGCACAGAACAAGUAAUUUUCUCAAGCGGUGAUAUUGACCCUGUGGGUAUCUUUGUUGACAACUCGAAUACUAUCUAUAUGGCCGAUCGAAAGCUUCAUAAUGGUACUGUGCUUGUUCAACGGUCAGGGACUAUUAUUAGAAGCUUUCCAACUGCGGGGCUAUCGACAAGUUCGUGCUCACUCAAUGGACUCUACUAUCCUUAUGGUAUAGCAGUUGAUCAAUCUGGUAAUAUCUAUAUAGGAUUGUGGACGUGUUCUGCAGUAGUAAAACUGGCACCAAAUGCUACUAGUGUAACAGUUGUUGCUGGACAAAUGGGAAGUUCAGGUAGUACUAGUACUAAACUUUCGGGGGUUCGCUAUGUUCGUUUAGACGAAGAUCGAGGUGUAUUCUAUGUCAGUGAUUCCAGCAACAAUCGCAUUCAGCAGUUUAUCAUUGGUGGUAAUGGGACAGGAGUGACAGUGGCAGGUGGUAAUGGUGCAGGAGCAGGUUUGAAUCAGUUGAAUAGCCCUACAGGAAUGUGUGUUACACGUGAUGGUCAAACUCUUUACGUUGCUGAUAAACUCAAUAAUCGAAUUAUGAAAUGGAUAAUUGGUGCCAGUGCAGGAUCGGUCGUCGCUGGUAUAAGUGGGGCAUCGGGUAAUACUGCUUAUCUUUUGAAUAAUCCAGGCGAUGUGGCUCUCGAUUCAACUGAAACUUAUCUAUAUGUUGCAGACCAAAAUAAUUAUAGGGUUCAACGAUUUCGCCUUCAAUGA